GUGGUGUCAUAGGUGUUCUGUGGUGGUGUCCUCUCCUGUUGAAUUCUUUCUCUAUGCUGUAGCUGUAGCGGUUGUAGUGGUUCUUAACUCUGUUUGUAGCCGCUAUUGAAGCAUUGUAGCAAGGAACUGGCUAUAGCAUAGCUGUAGUUGUGCGUGUGUUCUGUGGACGCUGUGUUGGCUGUGUUCUCUGCGUCUGCCACGGGGAGAGUGGUCGCGCCGCCCUUGCGCUUGCAUGCGGAAAAUGAGGUGUCGGAAUUGAGCGCUUCGCGUUUGCAUCGUCCGGUGCAUUCUGGGCAGUCAUUAGAGCUUGAACGCUUGCAUAACAUCCCUUGUUUCAGCUGAACCAAUGUGCAGUCCCUAGCUUCGCAAAGCUUAUGUACUUUUUGACUGCAUUACACUGCUUACGUUGAUAAUAGGUGAAGAAAAAAAAAGAAAACAGUCGGAAAUUUUAACAGCUAUGAACGAAAGCGGCCCGCGGGAUGUCGACGGCGGUGAGAAAGGAAAAGACCAACUGGUCGAAAACGGCAAGAAUAAAGUGCCUAUCGAGUGCAAGUAUUGUUCGUCGCGGAUACUCAACGUUGGCGUGUGCGAGUUGGUCAGUGCACAGACAGUGUGUUCUCAUUUUAAAACAGGAGUCGCGCUAUGCGCCUUGCCGUGCCCCGAUGCGGAGGAUAUUCUGGCAGGUCGCAGUUGGUGCGCCGUGCAUCAAUUAUAUCGAAGGGGCACGUUGUACUUUUACAGACAUGGGCGGCCUGUUGCAUACUCUGUUCUUCCUCUACGUGCCAUUUGGAAUUGUUCGUACGACCUUCCAACGGUGGAUGGGGACAGCAAGAUGGUCGAGAAGCUAACAGACUUUUGGUGUGUUAAUGACAUCUACACCUUUGAAAACAUUGGAUUCACCAACACUGUUGGUCAAACAAAAUACCUGGCCUGUGCCGACUGUGAACGGGGCCCUGUAGGCUGGCACAGCCUGGAGACAAGGAAAUCAUUCGUGGCACUUUCAAGAGUGCGCCAUCUGUAAAGUCCUUGUUGAACAUCAAAGCCUCAGUUUGGUACAUUUGUAGACAGAGUGCCUUUGUGACAGUGUGCAUUGUGCCUGGUUUCAUUAGCCUGUGAAGGUAAUACUCAGUCGCAGGUUGCUGCCUACCAAAGACAGCUUGUCAUUUUGAAUCAUUCCCAUUCAUUAACCAGGAGAGCACUGCUUACUAAAGAAACGUCUGGUUACAAGGACGUCAUUUUGUCCUUUGUAACUGCAGAUCAUACAGAGGCAUGGCUUUAUGUGUAAGCAAUGUUUUGCCAUGUUGUUUGACAAACAGCUCACAUUGGUAAUUGAAAACCAUUUUAUGCAGUGAUGCAGUGUGCUGCUGCUAAUUGGAGAAAAUAGCAAAGUUUUUUUGUUUUUUUAUAAUACGUAUUGCAGACAUAGUAGGCUAACUUAAGAGACAGUAUAUAAUUCUUUAUUGUAUACUAGACAUUGUUCCCAUAAAAUUGCAGUUUUUGUUUGGAGCUUGUGGAUUUUUACGUGUUUUGCCAUGCUAAGUAAAUUUUUCCCUUGUCAUUUACAUUGGGUGCACGAAGUGUGCAAUGAAACAAUAAUGUGUGUAUGUACCUCAACCUUUUGAUGAUAGUGAUAUAUUGAGCAAUACAUAAUAAAGCUUUGUUACAGAAUGUAUUUGGCAGUGGCAAGGUUUAAAAUCAUGAGCUGUUGUGCUUUCAAGGGUAAUACACAUAUCCUUACCCACCAUACGUAUUAUGUUGCAUAUGACUGCGGAAUAGCCUUUGUUAAAUUAGUCCAGUUGAAUUUAUCCUUUAGCAUUUUGUUACAGCUGUUUCACAAGGUGCUCAGGGUCUUUUUUUUUUUUCCUUUCUUUACAGGAAAGUAGAUGUGGAACAUGCUUAAAGCAAUAAUGUGUAGGUGCUAUGUGUGUUUCUAUGAACAAAUAUGUGCAUGCUUUGUGUCCUACAUCAAGACAAGGCAUGCAUACACCAGAUCAAAAUAAUGCAUGAGAUUUCAUUUCACACUAUAGAAAUUAUGAAUUCUAUUGACUUAAUUGAAAGUGUGGAGACUGUUUUAUUUGUCUUAAAGCCGAUACCUUAUUAUUGAUUUUAGUGUCUUAUUUGUUAUGGUGUUACCUUGACACCAAUGAUUUCAUUGCUCUCGUAGCUCAGUGUGAAUUUCAUAUUGCAUAGCAAAUUGUGGUACAUGGACUUGUGCCACUGUAUAGCCUCAUUAUUAAAAACACUUUGAGUGCAAAUCUGUUUGUUUUGCGCUCAGUGUUUUUUAAAAUGAAUCUGUUCCAACUAGGCCGACUCACACUUAUACUGUAUAGCCUUCUUCUCUCAAGGCAUAAAAUGCCCUUAUUGCUGAAAAAAAAAGGAGGGGGGGGGAAGCUUGGUUUGCCAUGGGGAUGAAUUGAAGUGUUCAAAGGAGUGCUGGCAAAGAAACAAAAUUUGUGGCCUUUAUGUGCUUUGUAAACUUGCUCUCGGCACUCCUAUUACUACUUUGUUGUGCUUAUCACCUCUGUCAUUUUUGGUGCGAAGGACCCUAAACUAAACCAUUUUCAGUGAUUCAAUUAGCAUUGCAUUCUCCAGUGGUUGUCGGAUCCUAUGCUUUGAAAACUCUAUCCCUCUGUUUCACUUGGUUCUGCACCCAAAUGUCCAAUGCACUGUAAGGGGCACUGCAGCAUUUUUUCAACAUUGUAAAUAAACCUGCUUAGUUGCUAAACAAUACUUUCAUGAACAUUUGAGCUUAAUAUUAACCCUGUACUUGCAGUCUGGAGCCUACGGUUUACUUCAAAAGACUGCCUGCUCUUUCUAAACUUCCAAAAAUUCCUGCCAUUUUUCAGUUGUAUUUCAUCUGCCAUCUUUAAAUGUGAUGGCAAUAGGCAGAAUAUCUUUAGACAUCACAACAGUGCCUUUGGCAGAAGCAGAAGUUGAAAAAUGUUAGUGGUAAAGUAGCGCACCAUCUGGUGGCGGAGAACAUACUUCACUGGUACAAUGAUUUCUAUGGUUGGGUAGUGCAACGGAACAUUGCACCAUGCAGUGUAGAUGUAAUACAGAAGUUUGUUGAGAUAAUGGGCAGAGUAUAGGAGGCAUUGUUCUGCAUAAUCACAGCUUCGAGCCCACUUAUGACGAAAAGAGGGGAAGACCAUGAGAGUAUGGCAGCAGCGCUUGAUAGCUGAUAACUUUAUUUAUGCAAAACACAUUGAAACAUUUUUUUGGUGAAAAAAUGCUUGCAGGAACCCUUGAAGUGGUAACAUGGCUUCAGUCAAAGAAACCAAAACAAUUGCUGCACUCUCUUUGUAGACCAUUUGUGAGAAGGUAUGCAUGGUUUAUGAGACCUGUGUGUGUAUAGUGGCACAGAAUGUCGCUUUAGUUGGGUGUUCAGUGUUUGCAGUCAUGUAGUCUGAAAGUACACCGUAGCGCUGAUUCAUGGAAUAAAGAACCAACUUUAGAGAAGGGAAA